AUGGUUUGAUUUUGUAUCUAUGGAAAGAGUCUUUUCUCAAGUGCAGUGUAGGUCAAUGUAGUAUUUUCAGGUAAACAAUAACUUUAUAUCGGCUUAUAAAAUUGUAAUCAAUUUAUGUUAUUGAAGGCUGAUUAUUGUAUUUAUUUUAAAAUAAGGUGUUUUAUUUUUGUGUGUAGUUCUCAGAGGUAGCAGUUUCAGCAAGAUGUCUGAUGUCGAAACAGAUGAAGUUGCUCCGCCGCCGUCGGGGUCCAUGGAUAUAAACAAUGCACUCCAAGAAGUAUUGAAAAUGGCACUUACUCACGGCAGUCUAGCGCAUGGUCUACACGAGUCUUCGAAGGCUUUAGAUAAGCGGCAGGCGCUGCUCUGCAUCUUGGCGGACAACUGCAACGAGCCGUCCUACAAGAAGCUGGUGGAGGCGCUGUGCAACGAGCACCAGAUCCCUCUCAUCAAGGUGGACAACAACAAGAAGCUGGGCGAGUGGGCCGGCCUCUGCAAGAUCGACAACACCGGCAAGGCACGCAAGGUGGUGGGCUGCUCCUGCGUCGUCAUCAAGGAUUACGGGGAAGAAACGCCUGCGUAUGAUGCGCUGAGAGAGUACCUGAAGCAAUCCAGACAAACGUAAAAGACACUCAAUGUCAGCAUGUAAACUUUAAUAAAGUUUGUUUAUUUAAAA